AUGAGCUUCUUGUCAGCGAUGCGGGCUUCUGCGGCUGUGCCGCCUUCUGGAGAGGACCACAACAUCAUUUUCGCUGCCUGGUAUGCCGAGGGCGAGGGUGGAGCAGAGGGUUUUGACUCGGAGCACAUGGCGAAGCCAGACACCAGCUUCAUAUCUGCCCUGCGCCGCUCCAACCCAGGGUGCACCAUCGUUGUGCUGACGGAUCAAGGCACGCAGAUCGAGCUGCCACCGGAUGUGCGCCUGUACAGAUAUGCCAUUGACCGCUCCAAGCUAGGCCGCAACCCCUAUGCCAACUACUACCAGUACCUUGCGCAGAUCUCGUUCCUGCAGCACCUCAUGGCGAAGGGCCUUGCGCAGAGCAUGGAUGUGGUCUUUCUGGACAUGGACAUCCUCGUGAUAGACUCCCUUGCCGAGGUCUUCAAGGAGGGGCCAGGAUUCGACUAUGCCGUGACACUAUCGGAUGCUGUGGACAUGCCAGUCAACAUUGGGAUGCAGUUCGUGCACCACGGCCGCUAUCCGGGCGCUGUUGCCUUCCUGGAAGACGUCUUGGCCGUGUACCCCUUCAAUGAGACCUUCGUCUCUGGACAGGUGGCGCUAGGAAAUCUGAUAGGCCUGCGGUACAACGAUGAGCAGCUGCUGACUCAUUACAAGAGCGCAGUGCGCGACCGCAGCAGCGCCAAGCAGGUGAGGGGUCGCCACAGCGUGCACAGCGUGCGCUUCCUGCCAUGCAUGCGCUACAACUACUGCCACGCUGGCCAGAGCUGCUGCACCGAUCCGGACCGCUUGCCGGUGUCCGUCACCACUGAAGAGGAGCUGACCGACACACGCGUCAAGGUGCUGCAUUUUGUGGGCCACAGGAAGAAGGCGCUGCGGCUGGUGCAUCGGGCCUUCAUGGAGGGUGGCUUGGAGGGUGCAUACCGAGUGCUGUCCAUGCUGCCCCACACCAGCGAUGACUAUGCAUCCCUGGAUGUGUUCCCCCUGGAGAGCCUCCUGCUGCCCUGA